AUGUUUGCCGACGUCGCGCUUUACGCCCGCUGCAAUAGCGAACCGCUAAGUGCGAUCGUCGCCCGCAAGCGCUGGCGCCUUCUGGGUCAUUGCUGCGGCUGGGUCGCGACGUCCCGGCGAACGUGGCUGCUGCCCGCUUCUUCGCUCCGGCGCACCAAGAUUACGCUGCAGAUCGUCCUGCACCGCGACCUCCAGUCGCUGACGCCGCCUCAGUCGCUGGCGUCUCUCGAAGACCUUGACAAACUUCUCAACUUUGCCGCCGACCGCGACGCCUGGAAGGACUUUACCUUGUCCAGUGUCUCACUCGCGGCCACCAGCGUCCUAAUAGGAACUAACUAA